ACUGUGCACAUUUCAUUGCAUCUGACGUUUGAUUGGGCUGCUUUUGUCACAUCGGCCCACGGGGAAAAAUACAUUUCAACAACAAAAAGAAAAAAAGGCUUGUGCAUUAUCGCAUAUUGAUACGAGCUGGUCGUGUUAUUUGCAAGCAUACCAGUGAUUUCGUUAACAAAGGUUGAAUUUAACGGCACACUAUCCCACCAAAAGCAACCAGAAUGAACGCGGCCGAAAAGUUAACCGUGGUGGACGUGUACGAUUUGGCACUGGAAAUUGGGAAAGAGUUCGAAACAAUAAUCGAUGCGAAUGGGGUGAACGCAGUCUCGGGCUUGAUUACGAAAGUGGUCAAUGCGUUGGAGCUGAUGGAAACGCUGACCUGCCAAAAUGAGACCGAAAACGCUACCUUGCAGGAGCUGCAGGAGAAGAUCGCUCAGCUGGAGGCGGAGAAGGAGCAAAAGGCUGCAUCGCGGUCGCGCUACGAAAAGGAACUGGAAGCUAUCGAAGAUCAGUGGCGCACCGAGGCGAAAGAGCUGUUCAAAGUGGUCGACAAGCUGCAGGAAGAGAACCGUAAGCUGCAGCGCGGGAUUGCACAGUCGGCCAGCGAAAACACGCACCAGUCCGACGAACAGCGGGCACGCAACGGUGGAGCGAACGAUGACUUUCCCAACGGUUCGAGCAUGGCCGACUCGGAGGCGGGCGUGCUGAAAAAAUCCGAAUACAAACUGCAGCUCUCGCAGCUGGAAGAAAAGAUGAAGCGCAAAGAGAUGGAACUGUGCGAGAAGAUGGCCGAAAUAGAAAGUUUGUCCAGCCAGAACGAUCGUCUGAAGAAGGUGGUAAGCGAAAGCCGCAGGCGGCAAAAGCUUUCGCACAAUCAGAUCAUUACGCUGUGCGAGGAGCGUGCCGACUUUCUGGCCCAAAUACAGGACCAGCAUCACGAAAUUAAGGCACUCCGGAUGCAGCUUGGAUUGGCCGAAAAGGAGAACGAAGAUUUGGCGAACCGGGUGAACGAGGAUGAGCGUCCCCGAUUCUCGACCGUGGAGCUGAAGGAGAUGCUAACCGAUCGAAACGAGCUGAAGGCUCGCGUGAGCGAUCUCGAACAAGAGCUGAUGACGUGCCAAGCUAUUGGAACCGGUGCGGAGAACGGUAACAAUGGGAGCGGGCUCGCGAAAGAACCACCGCACGAUGAGGGACCGGUGGUUGAUUUCAGCGAACUGCCCGUGCAAGGCCCAUUGCCAUACGAGCCGGACGAUGCACCGUGGAAAAAGAGCAGCGAAAGUGGCAUACGAAAGUUCUUUCGCAAAUUGUUCAAUGAAACCUCGUCUGACUGUUCGAGCUUUUCGCAGCGUUCGUUGUCGACGCUCUCGAAAAUGGCACUGUCGUCGGGACCGCACAGUGAUAUACCCAUCUAAAACCCGGUAAGACCAACGCUAACGAGGAACCGAUCAUACAACGAUACUCGGAUUGAUUGAACAAGAAUCGCUAUCGAGCGAUUUGUGGGUAGAGUACACAAAACACACGUCUACAGCUGGACGGUUUUAUCGAUUAGAUUUACCAGGAGUUUUUGAUAAACCAGUCACCCCGGGGGAAUGGGGAACACGUGCAUAAGAAAAACGUUUAUUGCCAUAUAGUGCAUAUUGUUAGCAAGGGUGUGCAGUGUGUUUUACACACACGCACCCUAACUUAUCCAAUUCGUAGUCAUGUUUACAAACCCUUGUGUUUACGGUGUUAGCAGAAACGUUAGGUAUACCGGUGGACCAUGCAAAACCACAAAUUCUUCCACCCGAUCUUUCCAGUAGUGGGCGCAUGCAUAUAUGAUAUACAUACAGUACAGUUAUCUUCGCGUAGCUACAAUUGGUCGUUGUUUUAUAGCGUAAACAUAUUUUACUCUCAGCGAACGUCGCAUGCCGGCGAUUUAACCAUUAAACAACAAGACUUUUAAAGGACAACCUUUAAACCUUUCGGGCUAAAGGAGCGAAAGCGAUAUGCAUGUUCGCAUGUUGAACUGGUUCUAGUCAUCAUCCACCAAGUGUAGCUGCCGCCAAGUUAAUAGUUGUUAGCCAAGCAGAAUAUACAUUCCAUUCAGCAAGACCUCUCGGUUUAGCAAUUAUACAGACUGCGUGUGCCGCAAGCUCGAAUUUUCCGUACUGUUUAGUUAGUUUUUGUUGCUUCGUUAAGACUGUGGGGUCAUGUGUGAGUUUGAAACUCAGCAAGGGGAAACAAGAGGGUGCAAUUAAUCAUAGCAUACGUUUGGGAACAGAAAACAUUAGUCUGGACUGCUGGUGCGAAAAGCGAACCGUUUAGUAGGGUAUUUUUAAAACUGUUAGAUCAACUCUAUAACUUUAUUUACACGGUCAGAAAUCAAGCCACACACAAACAAACACACACACAUCUCAAGUAUUAAGGUCAAGACAAUAUGAUCAAUUAAUGUAGGUGAUUCUUUCUACAGACUUAUCUACCGAUACAAGCUAACCUUCUCUCGAAAACAUGACUGAAACGAUGAGUUGUAUGCCCCCACCGCUUCUAUGCGAGGACGUGCGAAUGUCGUAGACGUUUUGUCGACAGUUUUGCACCACCAGCAUGGAACACGGGGGCAACCUCUGGCGCUAGUGAGCUCUCCCAUAUCUAGUGAGAAUUAUUCUAUCUCAAGUAGAACCACCACUAUUACUACUACUACUACUACUACUACUAGAGAGGAUAUUAUUACACGGAAGGUUCGAUGUUGUAAGUUAAUCUUAUUAAAAACAAAAAAAAACUUUUAGCCAAUCUACUAUCAUCAACUGCAGUAAAGCAAACAAGGCAUAUGUAGGAAAAAUCUG